GUGCGCAUGCGCUUUACACUGAUGAUGCCAUUGACUAUUUUUUGCUGAAGACUCAGCUGGACAAGCUUCCUCAGGUUUUACGCAAGAAUCAACGACUUCUACUCACUCUAAGGAAGUUUUCACACAAUAGACAGGCAACAUGAGUCUCAUAGCGAAGAUGUUUGGCGGUGGCAAGAAGCAGGCCCAGCCGACGCCGGGAGAAGCCAUCCAGAAGUUGAGGGAGACCGAGGAGAUGUUAGAAAAGAAAUCGGAAUUUUUGGAGUCUAAGGUCCAAAAGGAGUUAGCGAUAGCAAAAAAGAACGGCACAAAGAACAAGAGAGUUGCACUGCAGGCUCUGAAGAGGAAGAAGCGUUACGAGAAGCAGUUGACUCAGAUCGACGGUACACUGUCCACCAUCGAGUUCCAGAGGGAAGCACUGGAGAAUGCCAACACCAACACAGAAGUGCUGAAGACAAUGGGCUAUGCAGCAAAGGCUCUGAAAGCGGCUCACCAACACUUAGACAUAGAUACAGUGGAUGACCUCAUGGCAGACAUCCAGGAACAGCAAGAUCUGGCUCAGGAAAUCUCAGACGCAAUCUCAAAACCGGUGGGAUUUGGGGAAGAUGUGGAUGAGGAUGACCUCCUGGCAGAACUGGAGGAGCUUGAACAGGAAGACCUGGAUGAGAAACUCCUGGACAUCAACGCACCAACAGAAGAGCUACCCUCCGUGCCUGGUCACAAGAUCCCUGCAGCACAAGCAGCAGUUGCUGAUGAGGAUGAUGAGAUGAAAGAGUUGGCGGCCUGGGCCUCAUGAGCACCUACAAACUUACCCCCUGCCCCAUGUCACAACCCUCGAGAGAUGCAGAGGAAAGUUGAUACCAGAAACUCUACUGGUGUGAGGUUGCAUAGUGUAAAGCAAAACCACCCCUUGUGAAGAAGAUUUAACGGUGCCCAAAACUUACAACUUGAAUGAUUUAAACUUCAUUGUAUCUCUUUUCUUUGAACAAAAUCCUUGUCAUUUUUGAGGAGUGAUUUGGAUGUUGUUAAGUCUUUGGUUAAUGGAAGAAAUUAGAAUGAUCAGUACUUACUAUUGUAGGGAAAUUUUGAUGACUCUUCUGACUUCUUUGGUAGUACUGUAAUUGUAUCAUGGAUUUGGACAGUACUACCCUCAACAGAUGGAUUUGGCUUGAAUAGUCACUGGUUCAGUUUCUUAUAUCAACUCCUCUCCCCUACUGUCAUGUUUAUGUAAAUGUAUGAUAUCAAAUUCCAACACAGAAAUCAUCGCCAUCAAAUUGCCUUCAGUCUCAUGUGAUUUUUUUAUUGGCAUAAUGAUGUGUGACUUUUUUUUAGCUGUCGUGACAUUGGAGUAUUUUUCUUCAGUGUUUUUGAAUUUUUGCAGUUCUUUGUGAUUCAUGGUGGCAGGCACUGUAAAUAUUAUAAUACAUGUACACUGUCAACAUAGAAGUGUCAGCGCCAAUCUUAUAUCCGUCUGUACUUUACAUUGAGUGAUGCAUGGACAUACUAGUAGGGGUUAGACAGAAUGGUGACAUAUGGGCUAAUGUAAUCUAUUGAAAACAAUAUGUAUUAUUAUGCACUGCAUUUCUAUCAGAUUUGCAUUUAUUCAAGGCCUUUCCUAAAACAGAAGUAUCACUAUUGGUUUUUGGUAAUUUCAGUAUGGUGUAGAUAAGUUUGAGGAACACAGACUAGAGAAUAUGUAGAUGUGUGAUUUAAGUUAAGUGUAUUUGGAUAUGUAUACUUUAUUGCAGCUUGCCCUGUAACCUACUGCCUGGCUUUGGUUGGUGUUUUUGAUAGUGGUGUAAUAUUGAAGGUAAUAGAUGAGAAUGAUACAAAGAAAUUUUUUAAAGACUGGGGCAAAGAACAUUAUGUACAUUUUACAUAUAUAGACACAGUGCAUUUCUGGAAAUACACUGAAAUUAACACUGUGACUUGCGUGGUUGUAACUAUGGACACUCAGAAUGUACAAAAUGCCACUGAACAUACUCGUAAAACUUGUCUUGAUUGAUUAAACUAGAUGCUACACUGUCACACAGUUUACCCACUGUCUGUCUAGUACAAAGGAACACAUUAUAACAUUAUAACAUAGUAGCCUCCAUACAGAAGCUUCAAGAAGUCCCAUUGUUAUUUUUUUGGCAACGAAUACAUAAAUAUAAGUAUGAAAAAAAGGAGAAAAGGCAAUCUGUGUCAAACAUUAGUGAAAAACGAAACAUUUGUUAAUCAAGUAUACUCAAGCACAUGUAUGAAUACUGGAAUGAUAGUAGAGCAGAAUAACAGGUUGUCCUUUCUAUGUAUUAAUUCAAUCUUUACUAUAAAAGUUAUGUCUGUACGACCCUGGGUUUUUAUUGGCAAAGAUGUCAUUCAAGAAAUUUAUUGAUAUUGCUUAGAGUUUAGAGACAUAUUUUGUGCUCGAAGCAGCAGAUGUAAAUACUGAACACUGUGACAUGUUUUGAAAUAAUGAGACUGCUUUCAUUGAACAUUCUUCUUUUCGUGGCUGGUAGCAAUAAAGUCUGAAGUCUGAUCUGG